AUGUCGCUCAUUCGUCGUGACCAACUUGAAAUUACCAUUGCAUUAGAGAGCAGGGAGGGCAGUUAUUGUGCAUCCACUAUCAAAACUAUAUCAGUGAGUUCUUGCAGCCGCCGGCGCUCAGUACACGCGCGCAUCGCCUGCGCGCUCACACGUGAACCAACGAAAGUGAAAUUCCGAGAAAAUGAUAGUGUUACUAGCGUUUUGUCUGUUCCAUGCGACGUAUGCCAUUCCAAACGACCAAACGCAAAUUGAACGAUACAACAACAAAGUGAAAUCAUACCAAAUCGAUGUACCGGGAAAGGAACCCAUCACGAUUAUUGAAGCAGGACGUUUCGAAGAUUUAGAAGAAAAGAGCGAUGAUGAUUUAAUUAUAAAGAAUCUUAUGACUCAAGUUCAUGAUUCUAGUGGGAAUAGACCUCGUUGUUAUGGACCGUCUUGUCAAGAAGGAUAUAUGGAUGACGAAGGCCCUCAAGAUAUGGACAUGGACAAAUUUGAUAAUUUAGAUAAAUUAAAAGAUUUUGGCGAUAUUUCAAAUGAGCGGCUUCAAGCAAUUGCAGCUUUAGCCGCGAAGUUAAAGAAGCAAAAUAUUAAAGCUGACAGAUAUACUUCUAUUAGUGGCGAAGAGGCAGAUGAUGAUAAUGGCAAAGUAUUUACCACUUGGAAUCGACUUAAAGUAAAACAGCAUAAGCACCCUUAUGAUGAUAAAGAUGGCUGGGUAACAUUAGAACCAGUAGCAUGGUCAUCUAGUAAGAUUUCAAAGUGGAAACCUAACGUUAAAAAACAAAAACCGAGUUAUUGGAAUGAAGAUGAGGACACAAAAUUUUCAUCUGACGAUAAGUAUUCUUCUUACCCAGAUAUGGAAAGCGAUAAUAAUAAAUUUUCUUACAAUUAUCCUCAGAAAAAGCCAACAUUGAGUCGUCCUGGUUUCAUAAAUAAUAAAUUGCAUAUUCCUCCCGAAUAUGAUACCGAAUUACCAUCCAAACCAACAUGGACUAAGAAUAAGAUUCCUACGCAACAGCAACAAUCGCUGCAUAAUCUACAGCUAUCAUGGUCUCCUGAUGAUAGUAGACGCCCUUAUAGACCAAACUGCGAUAGAAAUGAUAAUUAUCACAACGAAGAUAAUAAUUACUAUGGAUCAUCGGAUUCAGUUGUUACGGAUUCCCGUCCUUCCAAUUUUCCAUAUGAAUACGAAGCAUUACAUCAAGCGUCUAUGCAAAGACGGCCAAUGCGACGUCCUACACAAGUAAUCUAUGCUGACGCAGAUCCAGAGGAUGAUCGAUCUUCACGACCUCCAUACGGUGAUGGACAAUGGGUAUUAUUAUCAACCACCAAAGGCUAUAGAAAUAAAAAGCGUCAUCGUUCUCUUGAGGUGCCAGAACAAAACAGUGACGUGCCCACAAUAAAAUCGCACCAAUCUGUGUCCCUUACGGUGUUACCCAUCGACGACGCUCAUACAAAUAUGACCACAUCGCAUGGAGGUUUAUUAGAAGUGGAAAGAAGUUUCCAGACUGUAGAAGAGUCUAAGCAAGAUAUGGAUAAAAUGACAUUUUUACAAGGAGAAGCGUCUGAGGUGAGACCUGUUAAGAAGAAGGUGAUACGAAAGAAGUUAGUUCCAAGUAAUAAUUCGCCGGAUAGCUCGACGGUAUUGGCUGCUGUUGGAGCGGGUAUGCUUCCAGCUACGAUGGCUAUGGUCGUUCCUAUGAUGUUAGGAAAGAAACGAAGAAGAAGGGAAUUAAAUGACGUACAUUUUUACCAACUAUUACAAAAUCAAUAACUGAAGAUACUUAGUUAAAUCUAUUUAUUUUAGUUUAAGUUAAAUCCAAAAAUGCGUGACUGUGAUCGUUUUUGUGUGCUUUUGUUAUGUGUGUGAUUAAAUUAUUAUUAGGAUGAUAUUAUGUACAAUAUUAAGAAGGCCCAUGAAA